UAGCACCACACACUCACAAGAGACCCUUUGAGCCUUAUUACUGAUCUUGGGCAAGGGCAAUUAACAAUUAAUAGUAGUUAAACAGUAAUUGAGUAUAAUAAUUGUAAUAUAUAAUAAUAGAUAUGAACGAUUUGAAUAUCACUCGAUUAAUGGAAAUGGGAUUCUCCCGUGAAGAUGCCAUGGGAGCACUUAAUCAAGCCAAUAAUGAUCUUGAGAAGGCAAUAUCAUACUUGUUUGGAGAUAUUCAUUCUACUGAUGUACCUGAACAAUCAGUAAAUGAUCAACAACAAUUGAUAAAGUAUGAAGAUACAAUAAAUAUUCUGAAUCCUCAGGAUAUACCUAACUUUUCUGAAUUACAAUCUUCAUCACAUGAUGUUCAACAAGAUAAGGGUCAUGGACUUCCACCACCAGUACCUCCUAAGGAUAAUCAUAAUCAAAAUCAUAAUCAACCUGAUCAAGAUGCUUAUACAGCUACUUUAUUUAAUAGAAAACAAUUUCUUGAGAAUAUCCAUAAGGGAUCAGCAGAAACUUUUGAUGUUCAAUCAGGAGGUAUGGAACUUAGUGAUGAAGAUGAUGAUGGAUCCAUUUAUGAUAAAGUAGCUAAUUAUACUCGUAUUAAGAGUUUCCCACCUGUUGUAUUAACUCAAAGAUCAAAUUAUCUUGAGAAUCAUAUCAUACCCUUAUUAGUAAUCUUAUCACAAUAUGAUAAAUUCAAAUCAAUAUUUUUAACUCCUGAAAAGACUAAUUAUGAUUAUGGAUAUUCCGAUAAUUGGUUUAAGCAUGAUAGUGAUCUUUAUGGGAAUGAAUCUAAACCAGCAUUUAUCAUCGAAUUACAACGAAUGCUUGCAUUUUUAUUACCACAAUAUAGUAAACGUUCAUAUAUGAGUGGUCAAUUAUUUUUACGAAACUUACCUAAUGAUCUUCAAUAUGAUAUUGAACAUGAUCGAAUUGAUGAUUUAGAGGAUCUCAUUAAGAAAUUUUAUUAUGUAUUGCAUGAUAAUACUUUUAAAGAAUUUCCUAAUGAUAAUAUUAGUAUUAAUUCGUUAGUUGAAUCUACAAUUGAGAGUUUAAGUGAAAAAGCAAAAAAUGAUAUCACGGUUAUUCCAAUUGAUUUUGAAUCUAGAUCACUUAAUUUAUUUGAUACAUUGACCAGUUUAUUUUGGAGUGAUGAUGAAACUGAUGAAGAUCUGGUUGGUAAUGUCCAAUUUGUGAAUAUUGCACCUGUUUUAACAUUCCAAUUGAAUGGAGAUGAUGAUGGAUUUCGAGUUCAACCAUUUAGAAUUGAUGAAUACUUUUAUCCUGAGAUAUUUAGCAACAAAUACGUAUCUGUUAUAAAGGAAAUGAGUACAAAGAAACGACAAUUGAUAAAACAGAGGAAUAGUAUUACUCAAAGUAUUAUGAAUUUCAAUUCAUUUGAAGGGAAACCAAUCAAGAAGAUUAUGAAUCAAUCACUUGAAUUCUUAAAGGGAAUUGAUCAGAAAGAAACUGAUGUUGAAACCAAGAAUAUGAUUCAAGAUGUUGGAGAUCUUAUAAGUAAUAUUCAAGUUAAGACUACUAAUUUAACGAAUGGAUUACAUGAAUUGGGUGCAAAGAAUUUAGAGUAUGAUAUUAAAAAUUAUGAUAAUAUAUUGAAUUAUAUAAAUAAACAUGGCAAUGAAGAAGAUCGAUCAUUACCACCACCAAAGAGGUACGCUUUAACAGGGAUUAUUGCAUCUGAUGUUGAAUAUUUCUAUAAGAUACCUUCAGUCAAAAGUGGUGAUAAUAAUGACAAUGACAACAUUGCUGAUUGGGUUCAUGUAACAUGUUUUACAACUACAGAUAAGAAAGUUGUGGAUUUUAAUAUCGAUUAUAUUCAAUUCCUGAUUGUUGAAGAUGCUAUUAUUGAGUUCACAAAAGAUUCUAGACGACAAUUUAUAUUUAUAUAUAUAGAAGAAGAUUCAUUUAAUGAAAAGGAAGAGAUUGAAAUUUCAAAUGAAUUAAAACAAUUUUUUGCAACUGAUAAUGAGGUCAUUGAAAAAUUAAUUAAGGCUUCGAGAAUUUAUGACGAAAGUAGUGAUGAAGAAACCGAAGAUGUCAAUAAGGAAAAUGUUCCUGAACAGGAAGAUCUGCACAAGGAACAAGAAACACAAGAAAAGCAGCAGUCAGAUCAAGAAAAUGAUGAGCAAAUUGAAGAUGUUAAUCUCAUAGAUAUAUGACAUAGUUAAGAGAAGCAGAAGAUAUAUACAUAUACACAUACAUAUAUAAAACUGGUCU